CGGAGGUGACGCUCUAGGCCGCGUCGCCUCUGUUCUCCUGUUCCGCCUGACGUUGAGCUACAAAGAUGGCGGCAGGAACCAGCAAUUACUGGGAAGAUCUCAGGAAACAGGCCCGACAGCUGGAAAAUGAGCUUGACCUGAAACUGGUUUCCUUCAGUAAACUGUGUACAAGUUACAGUCACAGCAGUGCCCGAGAUGGAAGACGCGACAGGUAUAGUUCUGAUACAACACCGCUUUUAAAUGGAUCAAGCCAAGACAGAAUGUUUGAGACAAUGGCAAUAGAGAUUGAACAGCUUUUGGCAAGGCUUACAGGGGUAAAUGAUAAAAUGGCAGAAUAUACCAAUAGUGCCGGCGUCCCCUCCUUGAAUGCAGCACUGAUGCAUACAUUACAACGACAUAGAGACAUACUACAGGAUUACACACAUGAGUUCCAUAAAACCAAAGCAAAUUUUAUGGCAAUACGGGAAAGGGAAAAUCUCAUGGGAUCAGUACGAAAAGAUAUUGAGUCUUAUAAAAGUGGGUCUGGAAUAAACAACAGGAGAACGGAAUUGUUUUUGAAAGAACAUGACCACCUCCGAAACUCAGAUCGUCUGAUAGAAGAAACAAUAAGCAUUGCUAUGGCAACAAAGGAAAAUAUGACCUCUCAGAGAGGAAUGCUGAAGUCAAUUCACAGCAAAAUGAACACCUUGGCCAAUCGUUUUCCUGCUGUCAACAGCCUGAUCCAGAGAAUCAACCUUAGGAAGCGGCGCGACUCCCUCAUCCUAGGUGGUGUAAUUGGCAUCUGUACCAUCCUAUUGCUGCUGUAUGCUUUCCAUUGAUGGGUACCUUCCAGGACACUUGGAGCCGCCAUCUGGAAUAAAGAAAAAUGGGAAGGAGAAGUUGACUGUCAAUCACUAGCCUGACCAGCUGGAUGAAUUCAAAACUGAAAUGACGGGCUCUGUUAUGUGGUCGGGUUGAGCUGAAGCCACGGUUUUUCUGUGCUGUCUUUUCUAACACACAUUUCUCUGUUUUUAAUUU